AUGGUCACUCCUCUUGAGCUGUUUGUCCUCCCUUGGGGUGUUUACCCCAGACGGAUCCUACUCUACCUUUCCGAAAAGGGCCUGAUAGAGUCCCCUCUUAUAAAGAUAACGGCAGUCUCAUUCACACAAGAGGGCAAGAUGUUUGCAGAGGGAAUGCCCGCCGGCACAGUCCCAGUGUUGAAGCUCCCAGACGGAAGCUUCAUCAGGCAGUCAGGGGCGAUCCUCCAAUAUUUUGAAGAGCUCUGCGACCACCCAGAGACUGAUCAACCCUGGCAAGCUGAGCUCGCAAGUCUGGCUAACAAGACGAGCAUGCUCGGCAACUCUACAGCCGAGAGGGCACGCAUCAGAGACAUGAUCUCGCUGACGGAGGAGGCCUGCAGCUAUUUCGGGUUGGGAUGCCACAAGGGAAGCAAGCUAUUCGAGCCAUUUGAGAAGACCAGCGCGCUCGCGAGCAAGCUUACUUUCGAGUACUGUAUAAAGGAUCUGAAGCUCCUGGAUGCAUACUACGCGGAGCAGAAGAGCUUGGGAGAAGGGCGGGACGUCACCAUACCUGAUCUCAUGCUCUUCUCGGUGCUGCACUUCUCAAAGGAUCUAUAUGGGUUGGACCUCUGUGCCGAUGCGGAGGCGGCCAAUCUGCAGAGGUUUUACGAUGAGUUUUCGAAGAGAAAGAGUGCAGAGGUCGAGGAAGGUCAUUUCCCUGAUGCGAUUAAGGCACUGGCUAGCCAAUGGCUUCCCCUAGAUUAG